UCUUGAUGUUGAGGUGGAUACUAUACUGGAGAUGGCGUGUAUAGUCACAGAUACUAACCUGAACAUCGUGGCUGAGGGUCCAGAGGUCAAGAUCCACCAACCUGACUCGAUACUGAAUGGAAUGGGACCGUGGUGUACAGAACACCAUGGAAACUCUGGACUCACAGCUGCCUGUCGGUCAUCCACCACAUCUCUUGUCCAAGCCGAGGAGGCCAUGUUAUCGUUCGUACAAGGCCACACCCCCAAAAGUGUGUGUCCACUGGCGGGAAACACCGUCCAUAUGGACAAACGGUUCCUGGACAAGUACAUGCCACGCUUCAGUGGUCACCUACACUAUAGAAUAAUAGAUGUGAGCAGCGUCAAGGAAUUAUCGAAACGUUGGUACCCUAGUGAAUACAGGAAAAGUCCGUUCAAGAGAGGAGCUCACAGAGCUUUGGAGGACAUAAAAGAAAGCAUUGAAGAACUGAAGUAUUACAAAUCAACUGUCUUUAAAUGAAAAUAGCUAAAAUGAUUUGUAAUUAUUAUGAACAGUUCAAUAUUACAUUUUUCUAAUAUAUCCGUGCAUAUUCCAUGUUCCAUUGUAACCAAAGAAAUCAGUAUAAAAUGAAUCUACUGCA